ACCGAGCCGUCAUGUUUCCGUCCCUCCCUCUCUGCCUCUGUCCAUCGGCCAGGCUGCUGCUUCGCUCAACCUGCUCGCAACAAAACACCAGAAAACAACCAUGUCUGAGAAACUUCCCUACAAAGUUGCUGACAUCAGCCUGGCCGAAUGGGGGCGUAAGGCCAUCGAUAUCGCAGAGAACGAGAUGCCCGGUCUGAUGAAGAUGAGGGAAAUGUACGGUCAGAGCAAGCCUCUGAAGGGCGCCCGUAUCGCCGGCUGCCUCCACAUGACCCUGCAGACCGCCGUGCUCAUCGAGACCCUCACCGCCCUCGGAGCCGAGGUUCAGUGGUCGAGCUGUAACAUCUUCUCCACUCAGGAUCACGCUGCUGCCGCCAUCGCCAAGGCUGGUAUUCCAGUGUACGCAUGGAAGGGUGAGACAGAUGAGGAAUACAUGUGGUGCAUCGACCAGACUCUGUACUUCAAAGACGGUCAGCCCCUCAACAUGAUCCUGGACGACGGUGGAGAUCUCACCAACCUGGUGCACCAGAAGUACCCCAAACUGCUGGCAGGUAUCCGUGGACUGUCAGAGGAGACCACCACAGGUGUCCACAACCUGUACAAGAUGAUGAAGAAGGGCGAGCUGAAGGUCCCCGCCAUCAACGUCAACGACUCUGUCACAAAGAGCAAGUUUGACAACCUGUACGGCUGCAGGGAGAGCCUGAUCGACGGUAUCAAGAGAGCCACCGAUGUGAUGAUCGCUGGUAAAGUCGCUGUCGUGGCAGGUUACGGUGACGUGGGUAAAGGCUGCGUCCAGGCUCUGCGUGGCUUCGGAGCUCGCGUCAUCGUCACGGAGAUCGACCCCAUCAACGCCCUGCAGGCCGCCAUGGAGGGCUAUGAAGUUACCACCAUGGAUGAGGCCUGUAAGGAAGGAAACAUUUUUGUCACCACCACUGGCUGUGAGGACAUCAUCCAGGGACAUCACUUUGAGAACAUGAAGGACGACGCCAUCGUCUGUAACAUCGGUCACUUCGACUGUGAGAUCGACAUGAACUGGCUCAUCAAAAACGCUGCAGAGAAGGUCAACAUCAAGCCUCAGGUUGAUCGCUUCAGGAUGAAGAACGGUCGUCACAUCAUCGUCCUGGCAGAGGGCAGACUGGUCAACCUUGGCUGUGCCAUGGGACACCCGUCCUUCGUCAUGAGCAACUCCUUCACCAAUCAGGUGCUGGCUCAGAUUGAGUUGUGGACGAACACCGCCAAAUACCCCGUGGGAGUCUACUUCCUGCCCAAGAAGCUGGAUGAGCAGGUGGCAGCCGCCCACCUGGACAAACUGGGGGUGAAGCUGACCAAGCUGACAGACAAACAGGCCAAGUACCUGGGUCUGCCCACCGAGGGGCCCUUCAAACCGGACCACUAUCGCUACUGAGCCACCUCUGCCCAGUUGUGGAGGAGAAGAAGAAGAAAGAGGAGGAAGAGGAGGUGUGGCUAGAAGGGUUUUUUUGGUGUAGACGGGGACACUUUGGCCAGGUUUCUCUCUGGGUGUCAUUUUGGUUUUAGCCAAAUGUCAACUAUUCAGGGAUACUGGGAGAUGGUUUCUUUAUUUUUUUUUAAAUGGCUCCAUAUCAAAUACAAAUAUGUAUCAUCUGUUGAUCCAAGUGAUUUGGCAUGACUGAUGUUUUGGAACGAAUGCCUUGUUCUGCUUUUAUUAAGAUGAGGUCAAACAUAAUCUACCAAUCAGAUGCUGUUGAAUUACUCAGUUCUGGUUGAAGCUGGUUGGAAAAACUGCAUCCACCCACAGCUUCAGUCAGCAGCUUUAUGUGGGAGUUUGUGGAAGUCAGAAGGAUGCAAAACUUUUAAGUUCUCUGUUCAGACGCGCAUGUCAAAGCAACAUCCAACCCUGUAUUUCUAACGGUAAAGCCAUUAGUUUUAUUAGAACUUAUUUUGUUGCAGCACACGGAUACCUUCAGUCAUUCCCCUCUUUCUCUCUCUCUCUCAUCGAUACUCUUCUGAAACACCAAGUACUGCUGUGGCUGUUUAAAGAGAAAUAAUUCUCUUGUUGUCUAUGUCAUUCCCUCUCCAUUUAUGGAAUAAAAUAAACCCUAAUGCUUUUCUAUCUGAAUGCUUCUCUCCGUCUCGUAGCAGCUUGAGGCGGAAGGAACAGGUUUUUCUUCUGUUUUCUUGAUGAAUCGAGGCAAACGGUUAAGUGUGCAGUGGCCUUAUUCCAGUGUAUUUACAUAACGCUGCCCUGUGUUAGCACUUAAUGAAAACUGUACUUGAACUGUGCGAUAAGACUGUGGAGACGCCCGUUUUAGUGCUUGGUGUUACCGCAUGUGUGUGUGUUCACUACUUAUCCAGGUUGAUCGUUGGAGAGUAAAGAGAAGCACCGCUGCCAAAGGAAUCACCACAGCGCAUCAUGUUUUUUGCCUGAUUUAUAAAAAAAGAAAAAAAAAAGUCUUACUCUCUCUGUUGCCUCAUUUUCUUCCUUUGUAUUGUAAUUAUUUAAUUUGACUUGAAGGGCCAAAACAAGUGCAGCGGCCCCCCCUCAAUUCCUGUCAUUUCUCCAUAUGGCCAAUCAGAUGUUUCUGUUGCAGGAUGUAAACAGAUCAAGGUGAUGUGAAAAAAGUGGAAGCCACAGGUCUCAACGGUUACAGCUUGAAGUACAGAGUUCAGCUGAUUGUGAACGAUGGAUUGAUGAAACUGUCAAGUGUGACGAUGAAAAAAAAUAAAACAUGUUGACUCUGAA